UUCCUCUCGGGGGCCUCUAGAAACCACAGGACCGGGCAGCGCCCCCGCAGCCGGCAGGAUGGCAGAGGGCAAGGCGGGCGGAGCCGCGGGCCUCUUCGCCAAGCAAGUGCAGAAGAAGUUCAGCAGGGCCCAGGAGAAGGUUCUGCAGAAAUUGGGGAAAACCGUAGAAACCAAAGAUGAGCGAUUUGAACAAAAUGCCAGCAACUUCUACCAACAGCAGGCAGAAGGCCACAAGCUGUACAAGGAUCUGAAGAACUUCCUUAGUGCGGUCAAAGUGAUGCAUGAGAGUUCAAAGAGAGUGUCAGAGACCCUGCAGGAGGUCUACAGCAGUGACUGGGAUGGGCAUGAGGAGCUGAAGGCCAUCGUGGGGAACAAUGACCUGCUUUGGGAAGACUAUGAAGAGAAACUGGCUGACCAGGCUUUGAGGACCAUGGAAAACUAUGUGGCUCAGUUCAGCGACAUUAAGGAGAAAAUUGCCAAGCGGGGCCGGAAACUGGUAGACUAUGAUAGUGCCCGACACCACCUGGAGGCCGUGCAGAAUGCUAAGAAGAAAGAUGAGGCUAAGACUUCCAAGGCAGAAGAGGAGUUUGGCAAAGCCCAGGCUGUGUUUGAAGAUCUGAAUCAGGACCUGCUGGAGGAACUGCCUGUUCUGUAUAAUAGUCGGAUCAGCUGUUAUGUGACCGUCUUCCAAAACAUUUCCAACUUGAGAGAUGUGUUCUACAGAGAGAUGAGCAAGCUGAACCACAGUCUCUACGACGUGAUGAGCAAGCUGGAGAAGCAGCAUUCCAGCAAAGUCUUUGUGGUGAAGGGACUGCCAAGCAGCAGCAGACGCUCCUUAGUCAUCUCUCCCCCAGUUCGAACCUCUACAGCCUCCAGCCCUGUGACCUCGCCUACCAGCCCCUCAGCUCUCUCUGUGACCAGUGAGAGUGAGUCUGUCUCAGCAACAGGAGAAGUGCUGACCUCUGACCCCGCAGAUGGAGAGGAUAGCUGUGAGAGCAAGGAGUCCUUAAAAGAUGAGGAAGUGGAGGAAGGCCAGUCUGAAGCAAGUUCUGCAGAGGAGGAAGAGCCUCUACCAGCCUGCAAUGGCCCCACCCAGGCCCCACCCUCUCCUGCAUCCCCAGAGGAAGCUGCCCCGAGUUCCCCAGCUCCCUCCCUGGGCAGAGGUCAGACCCCUACGGAGCAGACCUCCCCCCCAGAAGUAGUCCUCCGCACCCGCACCUCCAGUGAAGGAGCUGAGCAGACCAAAAAAGGAGCCUCUAUCCAGAGGACGUCGGCACCCCCUAGUCGGCCUCCACCACCCAAAGCCCCUCCGAGCCCCAGGCCUGCCUCGGGCAGUGGGCCCUGCAGCCCUCCAGCCUCUGGAGAGGGUUCACCCCUCAGCCCCAGGGCCCCCUUAGAAGCCUCUUCCAAUCCAGAAGCACCCGAGAAGCCACUGAGAAGCCCUGAGGCCGUAGAAGAGGAAAGCACCAGCUGUCCAGGCCCCGAAGAGCCAUGUGCCUCCUCCCCUGCGAGCACAGUCCAGGCAAGUGGGGCUCCCGCUGGGCCUUUUUCUGUUUUAGUUGGUUUGGCUUUUUAA